CUUCAAAACAAAAUGUGACAUACGGCAAACGACAUUAGAAAAUAUCUGCCGAAUAACACAAAAAUACAAAUAAUUUAAUUCCUUCUUUUUUUCGUGCAUUUCUUACAUUGAUUCAAUUUUAUUAAUUCGAAAGUAUGUAUGUCACGUUCCGUAAGCCCUUAAAUAAUGUUAAAAACAUAAUCAGAACAUACUGUUCAUCGAGUGCAAACUCCAAAGAUACGCAGCAGCGGAACUACUGCAUAGACCUGGUAAAAAAAAAUGAUUUCGAAAACUACCUUUGCACAUUGUUAGUGAAUGGAGAGAUCAGGCGAAAUGCAUUUGCAAUUCGAGCGCUUAAUGUUGAAAUUGCUAAAAUUGGUUCUUCAGUGUCCGAACAGCAUAUAGCGAAGAUGAAACUGAAGUUUUGGUUUGAUUCAAUUGACAAGUGUUUGGACAAGGAUGUAAAAUCUUACGUAGCAGACCACCCCGUCCUCUACGAGAUUAAGUAUAUAUCAGAACGACACAAGAUAACAAAAGCCUAUCUCAAGCGCUUAGUCACGGCUAGAGAUCGCCCUCCCAAUCAACAGUUUAUCACCUGCAAGGAUAUGGAAGAUUACGCAGAUCAAACAGUGUCUCCUAUAUAUUUUCUGUUACUUGAAAUAAGCGGUGUGAGAAACUUGAAUGUUGACCAUGCGGCUUCUCAUUUAGGAAAAGCUCAAGGAAUUACAAAUCUUUUGCGUGCAAUACCUUAUACUCGAAGAAGUGAAGCAUUAAACAUUCCCCAAGAAGUACUCAUUAAACAUGGUGUUAGUCAAGAGCGAAUUUUAAGAGGAAAAGCUGACGAUAAAGGAGUUGAGGAUUGUAUAUUUGAAGUUGCAACAAUGGCUCAUCAGCACUUAGAAAAGGCACGCAGCCUUCAAGAACACAUCCCUAAGUCUGUCAGACCACUGUUUCUGCCAUCCAUAGCUGUAGAUCGUUACUUAGAGAGGCUAAGGAAGGCUCACUUCCAAUUAACUGAUCAACGUGUGUUACAGCGGGACUCUAUGCUUCCAGCUGCUCUUUAUUGGAAUCAUUUUAGACUGAAAUAUUAAUAAAAUAUAUUCAAGUUUCUCAAAUCAAUACAAAAGUAAAGAGAAUGGAUUAUUAUAAUUACUA